UGGAUACUAUCAUUGAGAUGCUGAAGGAAAAGUAUGGGUAUAUGGUAUCAUACUGGAGAACAUGGAUGGGGAAGCAAAAGACCAUAGCAGAAAUAUUUGGCGGUUGGGAGAAGUCAUAUUCUGAAUUGCCCCAUUUCAUGACAGCGCUCCAACAUUCAAAUCCUGGAACUAUUUUGGAGUGGUACCCACCCUCUAAUACUCCCACAGGGCAAUGAAUGAGGUGGGCAGUACUUGGGAGGAGCCUUAUGCGCAUCAUAGGCUAUGUAUCCACCAUCUUGCAUCGAAUGUGCACACUCAUUUCAAAAACAUUCGUCUAAAAAAUCUUUUUGUCUGGACCGCACGGCAACAUCAGAAAAAGAAGUUUGAUGGUGGGUUCAAGAAGAUAGGUGAAAUGAGUUUGGAGGCACGACAAUUUCUGGGGAACAUUCCCCCGGAAAUGUGGUCAUUGCACCACGAUGGCGAGUACAGAUACGGUACCAUCACUUCUAAUAUGGCAGAGGUUUUCAAUAGUGUGAUGAAAAAUGCUAGAAAUUGCCCAUCACCGCUUUGGUCCAGGUUUCCUUUUACC